UAGUUAUUCUUUUUAAAAAAUAUGUAAAAAAUUAAACUCACAUAAAUGAAAUUGCCUGUUAAUAAAAAACAAAUAAAAUUCGAUACAAAAAAACAAAUAGUGUGAAAGUGUCAUAAAAAAUAAUAAAUGUACAAUUUGGCAACUCUAAUUAUUGUGAAAGCUACAGUGGUACUAAAUAACGGAAUAAAACGCACAAAAUAUCUUGUGGAAAAAACAGGAUCAUAUACAAAAUAUUAAUCUCUUUUCAACAUCCUUAAAUACAACACAAUUUCAUUGUGGUUGUUAUUGCGAUCAUGCAUCGUUCAUUGAAACCACACGCACAAGCUAAAAAGAUAACAAAAGUCGCACCACCCGCAUUACCAGGCGAUCCAGUACCACAGCAGCAAACGUCACAGUCAGCAUAUCAGCAACAGAUACCAUUAUAUCGUUUGGGUGGUAGUAUAUCGGGUGCAGCUGGUAAAGUACAGCUGGAGGAUGGUAUUAUAAUGAGUAGUAUGGUAUCGUCACCUUCGCUCGAGGAGGGCGGCUUUAAUUUGCCACGUGAACCUACAGUAGCAUUAAGAAUUAAAGAUGAAAUAAACGAAUAUUCUUCAGCCAUGUCAACCUCAGGCUCAUCACAAACCUCGGCCACGGCUACGGCCGCCUCUAAGAACGCACAAGUCUCGGCAGCAGCUGCCGCAGGAAAUCCUUUGCUGGGCUCUUGUCCACCCUCGUUAGUGCCAUGUCCCCCGCCAGUUUUUUGUGCCACUUUACGUGAACCUCUCACACAUAAAGCGGCUGUCUAUUACCACCAGCAGCUGGCUCUGCAAGAGGAUCAAGGCAUCGAUCUAACACAAUCACCGGGUCGUGAUUCACCCGGUUCCUCCUCUGGUUCAGCUGGUUCUGGAUCACGUCAUUCAACCGCUAGUUUAGAUUCAGGUCGUGCUUCAUCAUAUCUAACCGGUGUCUCCGGAGCCGGUUCCAUACGCAGUAGUGGCGGUGGUGGUGCCCUCUCUUCGCCUCGCUGCAGUUCGUUAAGUUCAUGUUCGAUUGGUUCAAUGGAUCGUCAGCGUAAUGAAGAAUUAAUUAUUGAUUGGCUAAUGGAAAUGAAAUAUGAAGAAUAUGCUCAAUUGUUUAUAACAGCUGGCUAUGAUUUACCCACAAUUGCUCGUAUGACACCGGAAGAUUUAACAGCAAUUGGUAUUAAGAAUCCACAUCAUAGGGAAAGAAUUAAGCAGCGUAUUGAUAAGUUGCAAGUUUUGGAUAAUCUACCACAUUUUGUACCGGGUUCCAUUGAGGAAUGGCUACAACUAUUACGCUUGGAGGAAUACAUACAACCUUUAUUGGAUCAAAAUUAUAAAACAGUACGCGAUGUUACCCAAGUAACUUGGGAAGAUCUCGAAGAUAUUGGUAUUGUUAAGUUGGGACAUCAAAAGAAAAUUCUGCUUGCCAUAAAACGUGUCAAAGACAUUAUUAGUGGCAAAUGGAAUCCCGGUGGUUCAAAUCCCUACAAUCAACAGAUUUAUACCAAACCCUGGCAACAGUUGCCUCCCACCCCUACUUAUUUACCCACUACACGUGUAUCAUGGGAUGAUUCAAAAAUUUAUGCCAAUACAUCACCCACUACCAAUGCUUACUACUGCACUGGUAGUAAUCAUGAAUGUUGUAAUGGCAAUGAUGUUGUUUUAAUUAAGGUACGUCAACCUCGAGGCAAAAGUUUGGAAUCACUGGAAGAUAUCCACGACAACAGCACACGAAGCCAUUUGACUUUUAGUCAUUAUACCACAACAGACUAUGGUCAUUUCGCCCAUCCCUCACAAUUGCAACAGCAUCAACAGGCCUUGCAGCAACAGCAGCAUCUACAACAGGCCGCCCUAAUGGCCGGUGGUGCUGGUAAUUUGCCCCCCGGUGCUGCACAACGUAUGUUAAGCAAUCCAGCCACUAUGAACUGGCGUCGUUCUUACGAUGAUGGUGAUAUAACACCCACAAAUGAUGCUGCCGCCCGUGAACUCAUGUAUGAGGAAGGCGGUGGCACUUUGCCACGACAACAGCGUGGCAUUUUGCAAAGGGCUGUUUUAAACACCAUGCCACCUUUGGAGCAUCAUCAUUAUAUGAAUGCUGCCGCCGCUGCAGAAUAUGUCUGUCAUGCUGGUGGUUUAGGUCCUCCUACUACAGCUAAUGUGCCACCUGGUGCUAAUGCUGGCGUAUCCUCAAAUGUAGGUGCUGGCAAUGUUUUAGAUAGUUCCAGUUUAACUAAUCCCUAUUUAACUGGCAGCCCAAUGACAGCGAAAAAAAUUGCUCCCGAACCACCGCGACGCCAUUGCAGUAUACGUAAUUCACGUACUUUAAGUCAGGAUGGUUCGCAAAUGAAUCCUUCAUCGGUUACUGCUCAUGGUAUGGGUUCCAAUAUGUAUUAUGGUGCUGGUGCGGGUAUGGGUCCAGGUGUGGGUCCAUCAAUGCAUCCCCAUGCUGCUUAUUUGCAACAACAGGCUUCCCAACCCAUCUAUGCCAACUAUGCCACCAUACAGCAAACCACCGCCGAAAUUCACUGUGAGAAAUUUCAUGACAAUAAGUCCAAUUCCAGCAUUGAUUCGAUUGAUACCAUACCAUUUGCCAAUGAAAAUACCGGUACGAUCAAACAACGUUUACUUAAUCGCCAAGAAUUAACCGGUGGAGGUGGUGGAGCCACUGGAUCUCAAGGUACAACCGGCAGCAGCCAUUUACAUUCCUCCUCUUCCUCAUCGUCCUCAUCAUCGACAAACACUAUAGCCAAUAUUGCCCAUUCAUUUCAUUCCCUUAAAUCAUCCUCCUCACUACAUGAUGCCUCCCUAAUACGUAGUGAAAGUAUUGGUUCAACCGCUAGUGGUGGUAGUGCUGGUUUAUCUUUACUAAGAUCACCUACUUUACAAUAUCCUCCCGUUAAUGCUGACAGUGCCCCGUCAUUGGCUGGUCUAGGUGCUGAUGAUAAUUCUGCCGCCGCCAUUGUCGCCACCGUCGAUUCUAAUCCUAUAGAUACAAGUGCCAUAACGUCUAACUCGACGGCCGCUGGUGUCAAUGUUGUGGGUGCCGUAGCUGCUGGUGGCGGUCAAAAGGUUUCGGUAAAUGUGCUCAAUGAUAUUGGUAAUAUGUUGGCAAAUCUCACCGAUGAAUUAGAUGCCAUGUUAGAGGAAGAGAAACGUGUAGGUUUAAAUAUAGACAGUGAAUAAAUAAUGGACCGUAACUAGUUUUUUUUAGUAAAACAGUUCUUUUUUUAAGCUAAAUGUAAUAAGGGAAACAUAUGAAAACAAGUGAGAAUCAAAAUGUAUGUAAUCAUUGCAACAAAACAGGUGCUACACUAACAAAAAAAACCCCACUCUAUAAACAAACUUCCUCUCUAUCUUUCUGUCACUCUCUUUCUCUCUCUAACAUAACUUUCUUUAGGCAUUUUGUUUAAGAAAAUAAACCGAACCGAAAUAAUAUAUU